GGGGGAUCUGCUGGUGUUCCACAUUUAGUUGGAAGGUUGACUUUAUUCUGAUUUCAAUCUCCAAAAUUUGUUGCUGAUCUGGACUUUCAUUCUGUAUUGAAGAGUAGCCAUCCAUCAAUUCAGCCAAAGUACUACUAGUACCGAUAUGGAUUUAAUCCAUCAAGAAUUGGAAGAAAUCAAGAAAAUUCUUCAAAUUAAAGUUCCUGGAAGCGAAUUAAUCUCUUGUCAUAAAAAUCUUGUCAGUGUAAAACUCAUAAAAACAAAAUACAAACAAUUGACAGCAUGCCUACAGUUUCCAUCUGACUAUCCAAACGAACCGAUUCUCAUUGAAGUAAAAAGCAAAGUUUUCUCUCCUUCUUUGGUGAACAUGAUUACCUCAAUUUGUGAUAAAGAAGCAAAGAAACAUAUUGGAAGAAAACAGAUAAUAUUAAUUUUAAAAUUUCUACAACAAUUUCUUGAUGACAAUCCAUUGCUCCCAUGCAGAGAGGAAUGGGCAUAUAUAAAGAAAAAUAUUUUGGAGGAAUGUGAUUCGGAUAAAGUUAAACAGAAGAAAGGAAUGAUACAAGUAAAAGCUACGCGAGGAAACUAUUUUUUGAAGAUUCAAGCAACAAUACCCAACAAUUAUCCAGAAGAACCAGUUAAACUAAGCAUAGAAGAUCAUAAUUUUCCUGGUCCUAUGGUCUACUAUUUCAUAUCACAAGCGAAAGAAUAUGCUCGUCAGGCAACUGAGCCUCCAUUGAAGAAAAAUCCUAAAGCUCCCGCUUUCAAAGCAGAACCUCAUUUAAAGAAAACAAUGGAAUUCUUAAUAAAGAAAUGCUGUAAAAGAUUUCCGCAGGAGUGUUGCCCAAUGUGUGGUAAACAAUCACUACCAGAGAAUCCAGCCGAUAUUAUCAAGGAUGGAAAAGAUGAUAAAUACAUAGAAAGAGUGUAUUGUGGCCAUUUGUAUCACCACGGAUGUAUGGAUGCCUACAUGAAAACACCUCCAUUUGAAAGUGAGUAUAUUCAAAGUUAGGUUAUGUUUAAGCUAGAAUUCACAAAAUUUUAAUUGCAAUAAAUAUGGGGCGCUUGGUAACUAAUUUUGUUCGCCUAUUAUCAGGGUGAUAUUCACUUGGCUAAAAACAAACAGUCCCUGAACUCGUAAUAGAAUUAAAAUCAGGCAAAUCAGAAUAAAAUUAUGGCCUAACCCUAUUAUUCAUAAUGAUAUGGACU